AUGGCCAUCUCACAAUACGAGCAAGAGCCCAUGGCCAUCGUGGGGUUUGGAUGCCGACUCCCCGGUGGCAACAACUCGCCCCAUAAACUCUGGCAGUUCCUCGAGGACGGCGGCAUCGCACCAAACGUGGUACCAAAAUCGCGCUUUAACUUCUCAGGUCAUUGGGACGGGUCACACAAGCCUGGGACCAUGCGACCCGCGGGUGGCAUGUUCCUCUCGGAUGACAUCGACCUCGCGCGAUUCGAUGCUGGUUUCUUCGAGGUGUCGGGAGCUGAUGCCACAGCCAUGGAUCCCAACCAGCGGCAGAUGCUCGAGGUAGUGUACGAAGGACUCGAGAAUGCGGGCAUUCCGCUCGAAAAGCUUGAUGGGCAGCCAGUAGCCUGCUUUGUAGGCUCCUACUCAACCGAUUACCUUGAUAUGCUGCAACGAGACGCUGAGGACCGUGCUCCGGGGUUUCUGAUCGGUACGGGCCGUGCCGUCAUGGCCAAUCGUAUUAGUUACUUCCUUAAUAUCAAAGGGCCCAGUGUUACCCUUGAUACUGCUUGUUCUGGGAGCCUUGUAGGGCUGGAUCUAGCGUGCCGGUCAUUACAAGCUGGCGAGGUUAACAUGGCCAUCGUCGCGGCAAGUAACUUAUACCUCAAUCCGGACCACGUCAUGGAUAUGGGGAGCGUCGGACAAGCACACUCUCCUACGGCCCUAUGCCAUACUUUCGACGCCGAUGCCGACGGUUACUGCAAGGCUGAGGCCGUGGGCUGUCUCAUAGUCAAGAGGCUACCAGACGCCCUGCGAGAUCGGGAUCCGAUUCGGGCUAUCGUCCGUGGAACGGCUUCAAAUAGUAAUGGGCGAACCCGAGGAACUGGAGGCAUUGCCCAGCCAAGCGGUGAGAUGCAGGCUGCGGCCAUGCGAGCCGCUUAUACUAAUGCUGGUAUCACCAACUUUAACGAUACCGCUUUUCUGGAAUGCCACGGGACAGGCACGCCGGCGGGGGACCCAGAGGAAGUGAAUGGAGCCGCGUCUGUAUUCUCGCCAACACGUGAAGAACAGCGGCCUCUCAUAAUUGGCUCGAUUAAGAGCAAUAUCGGGCAUUCCGAGCCAGCGGCAGGGAUCUCAGGUUUGAUCAAGAUCAUCCUAGCUAUGGAAAAUGGUGUGAUUCCUGGCAAUCCCACAUUCAUAAAACCGUCUCCAAAGAUCGACUUUACUGGAAACAAAGUCAAGGCCACACGAGUAGCCAUUCCAUGGCCUGAUCAGGGCUAUCCCGUACGUCGGGCAAGUAUCAACUGCUUCGGGUUCGGCGGUUCCAACGCGCAUGCUGUCAUUGAUCAGCCCGACGAGUCCAUUCGCAGCAGCCACAUGUCAUCGUAUCUAGGCGAUACCGAAGAUGAAGAAAACAACGAGGACACUGACCCCGAGGCACGAGAGCCAGUGCGGCCUUACCUACUAGUCCUCUCCGCGAACGACGCCGUGGCGCUCAAAGCGAACGUUUCCGUUCUGUGCAAUCAUAUGGCUAACCUUGGCGUAGAUGCCCCUCUGGCUGAUCUUGCGUACACAUUGUCGGAGAGGCGCAGCCAGCUCUGGCAUCGGGCAAUUUUAACCACAGAUACCACAAAUAACCUAGACGACAGAGCCUUUUCGCUUGGUAAAAAAUUAGCACACACGCCAAAAGUAUGUCUUGUCUUUACAGGCCAGGGCGCUCAGUGGCCUCAGAUGGGCAAGGAACUACUGGCUAAGUUUCCACAAACGCGGGAUAUACUUACAGAACUCGAUGCCGUAUUACAAGCCCAGCCUGAUCCGCCUACAUGGUCACUUGAGGUAGAGCUAAGCCAACCACGCUCGCCUGAACAUCUCCGUCUGCCCGAGUUCUCUCAGCCAUUGGUGACAGCGCUACAGCUUUGCAUUCUGUCCCUCUUAGAGUCGUGGGGCGUCAAACCAAGUGCCGUAGUGGGCCACUCGUCGGGAGAAAUUGCCGCUGCAUAUGCGGCCGGCUUCCUGGAUCGUGCUAGUGCAAUAAAGGCAGCGUUUUAUCGUGGUCAUGCCGCCGUCAGACGCCAAGCAGAUACAGAUUCCAACGUGGGCAUGUUGGCUGUAGGUCUCGGUCCUGAGCAGACCCAACCGUUCCUAGACAAGCACUCCGGUGCGUGGAUUGCAUGUUACAACAGUCCCAGCAGUGUGACUAUCUCAGGGUAUAGGAAUACGCUGGAGGCCCUGGAAAAAGAUAUCAAGGCGACUGGUCACUUUGCCCGUUUACUCCAAGUUGAUCUGGCCUAUCACUCACCGCUUAUGGACAUUGUUUCGGACGAGUAUGGAAACCUGCUGCGCGGCGAUGGCAAAUUCCGAGCUAUAAACAAAGAUAACGCAGCACCCGAAGUGAACAUGUAUUCGUCCGUCACUGCUAGUAAGAUGAACAUGCCGGCGGAUGUCGAAUACUGGACCGCUAAUAUGGUCUCCCCCGUCCGCUUUUCUGAAGUAUUGAGGGAUCUCAUCGUCAGCGAGACGCCGGACAUGCUGAUCGAAGUUGGUCCGUCAGGCGCUUUAGCCGGCCCUGUGGCCCAAGUGUUGAAGGACAAGAACCUUCCAGGCAGCAAAGACGUGUCAUAUCAUACGACCUGGGCGCGAGGAGAUGGUGCAUUGCAGGCUCUAUUAAACGUAGCGGGCCGCCUCUUCAUGGCCGGCGCACCUAUUGACAUAGCAGCUGUCAACGGCGGCUACACAGAUCGACGUGCAAUUGUCGAUUUACCAAAUUAUCAGUGGAACUAUACUUCUCGCUACUGGCACGAAAACGCGGCGAGCGUCGACUGGCGUACCAAGCGCUACAUAACACACGACCUCUUGGGUAGUAAGAUUCCUGGGACAUCCUGGAAGGCGCCAACGUGGCGUAAGAAGCUAGACCUUGCCGAUGUUCCGUGGCUCAAAGACCACCGGAUGGGACCUGAUGUGCUGGUGCCUGGUAUGGCAUUUGCUGCCAUGGCGCUCGAGGCCAUGUACCAGAAAUUUUGUGCCUUGUAUCCAGAAGAAACAAGUAGCGUUCAAAGCCCCGGUGACCUCGCCUACCGCUUCCGCAACAUCAAAUUCGACCGCGCUGUUGUUCUAGAGGAGGGCAAACCAGCCAAGCUGUUGUUGAGCCUGAUGGACGUGCCAGGCAGUAAGGACUGGCAUCAGUUCCGGGUCUUUACGGUUGCAUCGGAUAACCAGGAAGUCAUAUAUGAGCAUUGCGCCGGCUUGAUUCGAGUCCAGGAACCUUUGGGUGAUGAUCACCAACUGUCCGGGGCUGACCUUGCUCCGUUACGUUAUCCACAGUCUGCAGCGCCGUGGUAUAAACUGCAGCGCGAGAUGGGUAGCCAUUUUGGCCCGUCGUUCAGCAAGAUCAAGCAAUGGGAGACGGUCAGCGGUCAACAAACUUGCCGUUCUACGUUGUCACUAGAGCCACCGCCAUCUAAGUGGGAUCCCCAGUCAUAUUAUCCCAUACACCCUGCAGUACUCGAUGUCUGCCAACAGACAGCGACGGCCGCCUUCUUGGCCGGCGAGCGCAGCACUCUAAAUGAUGUUAUUAUCCUCUCGCAGAUCGACGAUAUGGUGAUAAACCGCUUGCCAGACCAGGUAAAAAACGGCUUGUCAGUCGCUGAGGCCGAGUGGACUGGCCGUGGGCGCAAAAGCCAUGUACAGAGCUGGUCAACCAAUGUAGCCAUCCAUGACCCAAACAGCGGCGCUCUGUACGUUCGAUUCCGAGGCCUGAAGUACGUAAGUCUGGAUGUUGACCGGAAGCCGGAUCCUCACUCGUUUAAUUCCGUCAAUUGGAGGCCUGACAUAUUCCACAUGACACAAGAUCAGCUUCUCUACUUCAGUUCGACAGCGAGCAGUAAGUUCAAUGAGGCGGUAGACCUCAUUGCACACAAGACACCACGACUGAGUGUCCUCGAAAUAAAUUUCAAUGACACAGAAUCGAGCGGCAACUUGAGCCUCUGGCUGCAGAAUGGCAAUUCUGCGUCAAGAUCAGCCCGUGCUGCAUUCUCGCACUAUACCUUUGCGUCACCUAACGCUCAAGCGUUAGUGGCCACCGAAUCUGCUAAUGGGGGAAAAGGUGGCGAUAUCAACUUUCAUCUCCUGGCUCUGAAUCAAGAAAAUUGGGGUUUACCUUCUGAGAAAAUGUUAUAUGAUUUAGUCAUUAUCAACGCUAGCGAAGCUGACUUGGACCGUAUUCUCACCAAGUCGAAGGAACUAAUGAAGCCUGAAGCCUUCACGCUCAUCGUUGUUGCGGAUCCAGUGACAAAGCUCGGGGUCCCCAAAUCUUCAUCUCCCGGUGAAUUCGCUGAUAUUUGCGACGCGAAUAUAGAGAGCGACAGCGACGGAAUGAGCGUUCCUAGUAGCGGCAUGGAUUCCCCCGCAAACUUGACCAGCUCCAGCUCGACUGUAACGAUACCCGACUUAAAGUUUUCAGGAAACGAUAUAUCCCAGCCCCUAUUAAACGAUGCUUGGAGCUCGGGUGAUAUUUUGUGCGUUGGGGGUAAUCCUCCCACAUACCUGUAUAAGAACAGCCUGAAAGGCAACAGGGAAAGCUGCCAGGGACGAAAAAUCGCUCUGGUACGUUUCGGCGAAACCAUUCUGCGAAGCUCGCCCAAUUUGCAUCUCAUGGUGGAGGGAUUAGGCUGUACUGUAAAAGAGACGUCCAUUGAAGGGUUUGAAGGGGAAAAUACUGCAUCAGUGGAUAUUGUGCUAAUCAUAGACGAGCUCGCCCAACCUGUAUUGCCCAGUAUCUCGGAAAGGCAUUGGGAAGCUCUCAAGGCUCUUGUUGCUUUGGGCAAGCCAAUUCUCUGGGUUACCAAGGGCGCACAGACAGAACGUGUGAGCGAUCCCGAGAAUGCCAUGGUGCAAGGGCUGUUCCGUGUCAUCCAUCGUGAGGAUCCAGGUGCCCGGCUAAUCACCCUAGACGUCGAGAGCCCGGCUAGCCCAGCUGCAUACUGGGCCAUGGACCAGGUACUAAAAAAGAUACUUUCCGGCGGUGUUUUGGAGACCGAAUACGCUGAGCGUGGUGGGAUGCUCCUCGUGCCACGCAUCAUGCCAGAUGAGAGUCUCAACAGAUUCAAGAACGCUGAGGUGGGAGCCGGUCUUGAUCUUGUCACCAAGGCAUUCCACGCCAACGAGGCCCAAGUGCGUCUCCAGGCUGACAAGAAAGGCUCGUUGGAGAGCCUAACCUGGUGUGAGACGACUGUGGGUGAUGUUGCUGUUGAAACAAGGAACGUUGAAAUCCAGGUCAUGGCCAUGGGCGUCAACUUCAAGGAUGUAGCUACUACAAUGGGAAUUGUACCAGAGAAUGAGCACAUGAUCGGGUGCGAGUGCGCGGGCUAUAUUCGCCGGCUCGGCCCAGGAGUGACUGGCUUCAAGAUUGGCGACCGAGUCGUGGCCCAGACGAACGGAACCUAUGUCAACCACCUGCAGGUUGUUACUGAUCGGGUUCACGCUAUCCCAGAUUGGAUGAGCUUUCAAGAUGCUGCUACUAUCCCUUUGGUGUAUUUGACGGCCAUAUAUUCCCUCUAUCAUCUCGCUAAUCUACAGGAAGGCCAGACAGUCCUAAUCCAUUCCGCCGCUGGAGGGGUGGGCAUGGCGGCGAUUCAGUUGGCUCAAUACAAGAAGUGUGAUGUAUGCAUCGAUUCUGUUUAUUCUUCUACCAAAACUAAGAUUAUCAACUUACAAAUAAAACCCACACAGAUAUAUGUCACGGUCAGCACUGACGAGAAACGUAAGCUGCUAGCCUCCCAGUUCAACAUACCGGCAAAUCGCAUGUUUUCAUCGCGCAAUUCCAAGUUUGCUGAGGAAAUACGGCGCGAAACCAACGGCCGCGGUAUUGCCGUCAUCCUCAACUCUCUGGUUGGCGAGCUGUUGGACGAGUCGUGGAGGCUGACCGCUGACGGCGGUAUCAUGGUGGAGAUUGGAAAGCGCGACAUCGUUGACCGUAACACAUUAGCCAUGGAGCCGUUUGAUAGGAACUGCUCUUUCCGCGCUGUUGAUCUUUCGUACGUCAGACAUUUUGGUGAUGAACUUACCGCAAGGCUGCUGAAAGAGGUUUUUGGACUGGUAAACAAUGGUCAUGUCGGGCCAAUUCGCCCCGUUGUCACAUUUCCCGUUGACCAAGUCAUACCAGCACUGUCCUAUAUUCGACGCGGCCAACACAUGGGCAAGGUUGUUAUAGCUAGUGAAGACCAAGGCUUGGAGCUACCCACCCGUGGCGCAAUCCGCAGACUCGAACUGAAAGCAGAUGUUUCGUAUCUGAUUGUUGGAGGGCUCAAGGGUCUUUGUGGGAGUCUCGCUGUGGAUAUGGCACGCCAUGGAGCACGCCACAUUAUUGCCAUGAGCAGGAGUGGAAUCAACGAUGAAGCAUCGGCCCGUGUAGUCAGAAACUGCGCCUCGUACGGGUGCGAAGUGAGGGAGGCAAGGGGUGAUGUGAGCGACGCAGACUUUGUGAGAAGCGUGUUUCGAACGGAGAAUAUUGCCGGCGUUAUUCAGGCUGCAAUGGUGUUGAGGGACAAGCCGUACGAGAUGAUGACACACGACGACUACCAAACGGCCAUCAAGGCAAAGUUGGCCGGAACAUGGAACCUCCACAAUGGCGCGCAACAGGAGCAACAGCGGCUCGACUUCUUCACUAUGCUGUCCAGUAUCUCGGGCGUGGUUGGCAACAAAGGCCAGGCCAACUACGCAGCCGCCAAUGCGUUCUUAGAUGCCUUCGCCUUCUACCGUCGAGGGCAGGGACUUCCGGCACAUACAGUCGAUCUUGGAUUAAUACAAGACGUCGGAUAUGUGGCCGAGGUGGGUGGAGCGACGCUUGAGGCGCGCUUCGAUAAGCGCGAGUGGACUCCUAUCAACGAAGGCAUGUUGCGCCGUAUCCUCGGAUACUCGAUCAUGCAGCAGGAGAUUCUCAGUGGGCAGGCGCCUCUUAGCACUGCCAGCGCCGCACAGAUGGUUACAGGCAUCGCCUAUCCACUCCCCACUGGUCAAUCCGAUCUGACCGACAAUCCCCGGUUCGGCUACCUCUUCACCUCCACCACAGUUGAGAACGAAGACCCAAGCUCUGGAAGUGAUCUGGCUGACCAGGCAAUCCGUGCGUUUCGACUCAUAUGUACGGCCAGCGAACCUGACCCAGCAGUGCUAGCCAACGCCGCCGUACCUCUGCUUCAAGCCCAGAUCACGAAGCUUCUGCGCCUCGAAACCGAGGUGGACCCGGGCAGGCCACUCAUGGCGUAUGGCCUCGACUCGUUGUCAGCCGUGGAGCUCCGUGGCUGGGUGCGCCAGAAACUGGGUGGCGAGCUUAGUACCCUCGACAUCACCAACGCGAGCUCGUUGAUUGCACUGGCCGAAAAGUUGGUCUCCAAGUUGCCCAAGCCGGAAGGAGGGGCGUUGGCCUCCUAA